UCUAAUUAAAACCCAUCAUCAAAUUAAUACAUUUAUUUUUCUCUUUAAAUUCGUUACCAAGUAAAUGACGACAUUGUGCAGUGAAAUAGAACAGAAUUUAUUGCAUUAACUACAAAAUUAAUUAUCACCUAAUCAAAGGAUCAAUUAAGAGUUUACUGAAAAUGAGUGCAAAAAAAAUAUGUGUUGAGAAAGAUCAACAAAUCUCUGAUGACGGUGACAAGAGUCAAAGAAAAGUCAUCAAUUCACUGGACUACAGCUCAUUAGCUAAAAUCAUUAUGUUGUUGCCAAUUCCAGAAAGGAUAGCCAUGGAAGAAGUUUGUACUAAAUGGAAAGAGGCAAGUCAACUAGCUUGGUAUGACAUCAAAAAAUACAAAUGUGAAUUUACAAUUGGGCGUUCUUAUGAUAAUUGUUUGUUGACACGAUCAUACCUUGAAAAAAUAUUAUCAAGAUGUGGUAGUUAUUUAGAAGAAUUAUCUCUCUCAGAUGUUUGUGAUUUAUAUAUUAUGCCAUUUGUUGGUAAUCACUGUAAAAAUUUAACAAGUCUUGAAUGUAAAUUUGGCGUCGGUUCGUUACAAUGGGAUGCUGAUCGCUGUACAUCAUAA